AUGACUAUAAUGCUGCUCUGCCUUCUACAGCUUGCUGCACCGCUCUGUAGUUACUCUAUAACUAUACAUUUCUAUCUUUUUUGGUUAAACACUCCCUGAAGGUGAUAAAAGAUGAUGUGAUGAUAUAUAUACAUCCACAUUGUACACAUCGAUAUAUGUGUAAGGAUUUCCCUUCAUCUUUAUUUUGGGGGCUGGGCAAAAUUUAGUGUAACAUAUUAAUAUACUUCAUGAUACUUUGGUAGAAGAGGAAGUUCACUAUUUUUAUAAUGAACCCAAAUUUAAAAGCUUUUGUAGUGUAUUUUAAAAGGGAAAACUUACCCAAAUGUUUUAUUUCUACACAUUUGUGUAUGUGUGUGUGUGUGUGUGUGUAUAAGCCAGUUAGUAUAUAUGUAUAUGUAUAUUA